GAAACAAACUCAUCAUGCACAGUAUGGAGAAUUUUGGAGUUUGGCUGUUGUGACAAGCUUAUCGCAUUGCGGGUUCUUUGGCAGGUUUGACGUUUUUCUUUGCGCUCUUCUUUCUUUUUUUCCACUGUCUAUGCCGAACACCGCUUUUCGACGUUUUGCACGUCGUUCUUCUGUAAAAGAUACGUUUGAUCUGCUGUCGGGCAUGCACGAUGAUAGCCACGAUGCAGACAGUCAUGUGUUUCAAGAUCCUAUUAUUCCCAGACGACGUCGACCGUUGGCUCAACCCGUCAAAGUGACGUACUUGCAAGCCAAGAGAGAAAAGCGAAAACGAACGUUGGAAGAACAGAGAGCCGCCAGUGACAGUAGUAGUGAACAGGAAGGCUCGGACAAGAACCGAAAAGACGACGAUGACGACGACGACUUUCAAUCUUCAUCGCGUCUUCGACGCCACCGAACAUCCGCCAAUGCGACUCCAUCCAAACGAUCCAAACGUAGUACGCGUGCCAAGAAUGAGACUAUCGCUUCACCACCUUCUCCCGUACCCAAGCUCAAUUUACCUCGGAAAUCGGCCCGCAUGUCCACAUCCCUUGCCGAGAAACAAGAACAAAAGAAGGAACUUGAGCGCAAACGAGAAGCUUUGGAGAAAACCGGAUUUUCCUCCAAACAGGCUACUCACGCUAAUGGAAGAAAUCAAGGUACAUUUAUCAAGCCGAACAGCUGCAUUUCCACCAAAUCGCGUAUAUAUAGGGUGGCGAUGUGGGAGGAAAGGGAUGUGGUAAAAACUUAUCGUUUUUUUUUGUGCCAAUGCUAGGGUUUGUGUGUCCUUUCUGUCACGAAGAACUUGGGCUACCACUGCCUUAUAAAGUGGAUCGAGCGCUGAAUCUGAUCAAAGCCAAAGACCGAGAAUUUGCUAAUCAAUCUGCGAUUGCAGCGGGGGAAUCGGUCAACAACGCUUCGUUCCGUGCACGCCAUAUCCAAUACAAAAGACCCGUGGAUGAUCGAGAAGAAGAGAGGUUUUGUCGAUUGCAUCGGAUCGAGUUGAAGAUAAAGCCACAGGGUCGACGGAAAGGUUACCCACUGCAUAUCGCCUUUGAAGAUUUGGAAGAACGUAUCCAAGGAUUCCGUCAAGAGCUCAUGGAUGUCAUCGCAGGUCGAGUCCACAGCUCUUAUCGCGAAACCGCCCUCAAAGCUUACAAAGACCUUGGCACCAAUAAAGCACGCAGUGUCAUGGGUGUCAUGGCAAGAUUUGAAACGACCUUGGUAAGUUUUUGGCGCCCAUGUUCCGGUGCUGCGCCACACA